CCUCCGAAGGAUAGGAAUAAAAAGGGCAAUAGCGACUUUUCUUCAUAAAAGAAGGGGAUUAAAAAAAAAAAAACUCAUUUUUUCUGACACAAGUAUUCUCGAGACACUCUCUUCUACAUAUAUUCCAUUUCUUCCUGGGGUUUUCUAUUUGAGAAUUUUCUUUCUAGGGUUUCCGUUCGUUCGUCUCCAAUGGAAGAGAAGUCCGAUCCGGAUCAUGGAAAUCUCGAAGGAGGAGGAGAGGUCGAAGGCGAUCAGUCGACCUCCUCCAAUCUCGAUCUCACGAGCUUCCAGCUCCACGAUCUCGAAGGAGUCGAGCUUCCCCUCACCUUGAUUGAGUUGGAUUUGACCGCAAACCGCCUCUCCACCAUCGAUUCUCGGAUCGGCCUCCUCUCUCAGCUCAAAAAGCUCUCACUGCGGCAGAAUCUCUUUGACGAUGCUGGCGUUGAGAUGAUUUCACGCUGGAAUGCGAUCUCCGGCCUCCAAGAGCUGAUACUCAGGGAUAAUAAGCUUACAAAAAUACUUGACGUUAGUAUUUUCAAGAGUCUUCUGGUAUUCGAUGUAUCUUUCAAUGAGAUAUCUUCCUUGAACGCUAUAUCCAAGGUCUCAAGCACACUCAAGGAACUCUAUGUCUCUAAGAAUGAAGUGAAUAAGAUGGAGGAGUUUGAUCACUUGCAUGAGUUGCAAAUUCUUGAACUUGGUUCAAACAGACUGCGGGUGAUGGAGAAUCUGCAAAAUUUGACAAAUUUACAAGAGCUGUGGCUGGGGCGGAAUCGUAUCCGGACUGUGAACCUCUGUGGACUCAAGUGCAUCACGAAAAUAAGCUUACAGAGCAACCGUUUAACAUCUAUGUUGGGUUUUCAAGAUUGUGUUGCUCUAGAAGAACUUUAUUUGAGUCAUAAUGGUAUUUUGAAGAUGGAAGGCUUAUCCACCUUAUUGAAUCUUCGUGUUUUGGAUGUUUCUUCAAAUAAGAUCACGUGUGUGAGCGAUAUUGAGAACCUGACAAGAUUGGAGGACUUAUGGCUUAAUGAUAACCAAAUAGCUUCAGUGGAAGGCCUUGAUUCAGCUGUUUCUGGUUCGAAGGAGAAGCUCACAACCAUUUAUCUGGAGCACAACCCAUGUGCAAAUUUGCCAAAUUAUUGUUCUACUCUGCGGCAAAUAUUUCCAAAUAUUCAGCAGAUUGAUUCCAAUGUGUACUCAUGAGAGGCUGAAGUGACUCAUUCCUUUCUGGAAAGCUGGAAUAUGCUAUCUUCAAAGGAAACAAAUUGCUUCGAUGUUCGAGAUCUGGACUGUCUAUCAGGUGGACCCUACAAUGCAUGCUUUGUGUCCAAAGAAUAGGCUGUUUUGGUCUUCAGAUGAAAGAACGCGUGUAUGUUGAGUAAGGGUUUUUGAUCCCACUUUUUUCCGUACAGAUGAUUCACUUGAUGAUCCGACCGGCCCAAUUUCUGGGCUGCAGCACAUACAUAAUAGACUGGCCUGAUGAUCUACAUGCAACAGGCACACUUGCCAAUUGGCUUGUCUAGGAAGUAGGAUGUUCUAAUCUUGCAAGUAACCUUUACAUUCCUCUGGAAAGACCCAAUAAAUCUCAUCUCAACUUGAUAGGAACCUCGUUGAUAUUAUUGUCAUCAGCAUUGUAGUCACGUCCCAGCUAUUUUAGGUUGGCUUUAAGUUCCUGUUUCACCAAUCGCAAGAUUUGAAACAUGAAUCCCUAAUGAAUGAUUGGAAAGAGUUUAGUGAUUGGCCUGCCACCUGAAUUCAACCCUCCUUUCUGGGCCUGGGACCAGCUGGCAUAUUGCAAUCAUGCAGAGCUAUUUUAUUUACUUCUAUGACACUCGUUAUGAUGGUAGUGCAGUAAAUACCUCAUG